UGUGUAGAAAGCAGAGAGGAUCCACACCACCAUCAUCAUCAUCUCUUUGAAUUGAUUUCAGGGAAGGAGAGCAGCUCUGCCCAGCAACUGAAGAGUGAACAGAAGGGAUUUCCUUGCAAAGUGUCUUCUAAAAGGGAAAAUAAGACUUGUCUGUACAUGCAACGUGAGUCUGGAUUUAAUGGAGAGCAGCCCCACUCCACCCCCAGCCGCGGAUUACUAGCAGCACGUUCAGCACCACACAGGGAGGACAGCUCCCACUAUCUUGUCAUUGAUCUGCAUGCUGUGUCUAGUAGAGGAGCUGGGAGGGAGCAGCUUGCGGCUUUCACCAAUUGCACCUGUGAUCCCUGACCUCCUUGGGGACUUGGGGGUUGUGUUUUUUUUUUUUAGUUGGAGGUCAUACAGCUAGGGCUGGAUCGAAGUUAUCACUCCUAACAGUUGUGGCUGUUGACAACUCCUUUGGUGUGGGCACAUGUUUAGUUUAGAGGUGGGGGGAGCACAGUUGGCAGGCUCUCUGGUCUGCUUGUGCCAUCCCUGCAAAUCCUUAAUCCUUGCUUCAUCGUGUGCUGGAUACACUGGGCUAUCUGGGUCCUGGCUGCAGAAGGGGUUAAAGAAGAAGCAGAGGAUGUCACUGCCAUGAAGACAGAAGAUGGGACACGCUUUAUUUCCAUUUUCACUCCUCUGAGACCUGCUCUUAGUCAUAGCAAGGUGGUCUGGAGGAACUGGUAACUUUUCUAGGGUGCUGGAGGACAGGAGACUAGGGAGACCAUUGCUGGAGGACACGAGAAUAAGGAGACCACUGCUGGAAGACACUAGAAUAAGGAGAUCACUGCUGGAUGACAGGAGAAUAAGGAGACCACUGCUGGAGGACAGGAGAAUAAGGAGACCACUGCUGGAGGACAGGAGAAUAAGGAGACCACUGCUGGAGGACAGGAGAACAAGGAGACCACUGCUGGAAGACACUAGAAUAAGGAGACCACUGCUGGAGGACACUAGAAUAAGGAGACCACUUCUAAAAGAGAGUAGAAUAAGGAGACCACUGCUGGAGGACAGGAGGAUAAGGAGACCACUGCUGGAAGACACUAGAAUACGGAGACCACUGCUAAAAGACACUAGAAUAAGGAGACCACUGCUGGAAGACAGGAAAAUAGGGAGAUCACUGCUGGAGGACAGUAGAAUAAGGAGACCACUGCUGGAGGACAGGAGAAUAAGGAGACCACUGCUGGGGGACAGGAGAAUAAGGAGACCACUGCUGGAAGACACUAGAAUAAGGAGACCACUGCUGGAAGACACUAGAAUAAGGAGACCACUGCUGGAAGACACUAGAAUAAGGAGACCACUGCUGGAGGACAGGAAUCCAUUCAAAGAUGCCGGUGAGGAGGGGGCAUGUGGCCCCCCAGAACACUUAUCUGGACACAAUCAUCCGGAAGUUUGAAGGACAAAGUCGCAAGUUUCUGAUUGCCAAUGCUCAGAUGGACAACUGCGCUAUCAUCUACUGUAAUGAUGGGUUCUGUGAUAUGUUUGGCUUUUCCCGGGUGGAGGUCAUGCAGAGACCUUGUACCUGUGAUUUCCUAACGGGCCCUGAAACCACGCACAACAGCAUUAUGCAACUCACCCAAGCCCUACUGGGAUCUGAAGAACGCAAGCUAGAGAUUCUCUACUACAGAAAGGAGGGAACUUGUCUACGCUGCUUGGUUGAUGUUGUGCCAGUAAAGAACGAAGAGGGAGACGUCAUUAUGUUUAUACUAAACUUUGAAGAUCUGGCACUGCUUCUGGCAAGGAAGGCCAACAAAACACUGCAUCAGAGGUUGACACGAGCUGCCUUCAAUUCAGAGAGGUCGAAAAUGAAGCCAGGCUUCUUGAACUCCGCCAAUGAGUCCGACCUCAUGAGAUACAGAACCAUCAGCCAGAUACCCCAGUUUACCCUCAACUUCGUGGAAUUCAACUUAGAAAAGCAUCGAUCAGCUUCUACCACAGAGAUUGAGAUUGUGGCUCCUAGUAGCGCCUUUGAGAGAACGCAGAAUGUCACAGAGAAGGUGACCCAGGUACUUUCCCUGGGGGCAGACGUAUUGCCAGAAUACAAGCUGCAGGCACCGCGGAUUCACCGAUGGACCAUCCUCCAUUACAGCCCUUUCAAAGCCGUGUGGGACUGGUUAAUCCUGCUGCUGGUCAUCUACACCGCUAUAUUUACCCCAUAUUCAGCAGCAUUUUUGCUGAACAAUCAGGAGGAGGAGAAAAACUGGGAGUGUGGCUACUCCUGCAACCCUCUUAACAUUGUGGACCUAAUAGUGGACAUUAUGUUCAUUAUAGACAUUGUCAUUAACUUCCGCACAACUUAUGUCAACAUAAAUGAUGAGGUGGUUAGCCACCCGGCCAAGAUCGCCAUCCAUUACUUCAAAGGCUGGUUCCUUAUAGAUAUGGUGGCAGCUAUCCCCUUUGAUCUGCUUAUUUACAGGACAGGUUCAGAUGAGACAACCACUUUGAUUGGCCUAUUGAAGACAGCUCGGUUGCUGCGUUUGGUUCGAGUGGCCCGGAAACUGGAUCGAUAUUCUGAAUAUGGUGCAGCUGUAUUAUUCCUCCUAAUGUGCACCUUCGCCCUUAUAGCUCACUGGCUGGCCUGCAUCUGGUAUGCCAUUGGCAAUGUGGAGCGUCAGUACAUGGAACAUAAGAUUGGCUGGCUGGAUAACCUAGCCAUUCAGAUCGGAAAGAAUUACAAUGACACUAAUUCUAACUCGGGGCCCUGCAUCAAGGACAAGUACGUGACAGCACUGUACUUCACCUUUAGCAGCCUGACCAGUGUUGGAUUUGGUAAUGUCUCCCCAAACACCAACUCAGAGAAGAUCUUCUCCAUUUGUGUCAUGCUGAUUGGAUCUCUAAUGUAUGCCAGUAUCUUUGGCAAUGUGUCUGCCAUAAUCCAGCGCCUGUACUCUGGCACUGCACGUUACCACACUCAGAUGCUGCGUGUCAAGGAGUUCAUCCGCUUCCAUCAAAUCCCCAACCCGUUAAGGCAGCGCCUUGAAGAGUAUUUCCAGCAUGCCUGGUCCUACACCAACGGCAUUGACAUGAAUGCGGUGCUGAAAGGAUUCCCAGAGUGCCUCCAAGCAGAUAUAUGCCUGCACCUCAACCGCACCCUGCUUCAAAACUGCAAAGCCUUCCGCGGUGCCACCAAAGGAUGCUUGCGGGCCCUGGCCAUGAAGUUCAAGACUACCCAUGCCCCACCAGGGGACACACUGGUUCACUAUGGAGAUGUACUGACUACUCUCUAUUUCAUCUCUCGUGGGUCAAUUGAAAUUCUCAGGGAUGACAUUGUGGUGGCUAUUUUGGGAAAAAAUGAUAUAUUCGGAGAGCCAAUCAGCUUGUAUGCACGUCCUGGAAAGUCCAAUGCUGAUGUGAGGGCUCUGACUUAUUGUGACCUUCACAAGAUUCAAAGAGAAGAUCUGUUGGAGGUGCUAGACAUGUACCCAACCUUCUCAGACAGCUUCUGGAGCAACUUGGAGAUUACCUUCAACCUGAGAGAUGCAGACAGUAUUCCACGCUCCUCUAUAAGUGAGGAGUACAACUGCAGCUAUCGUAGGACACGUAGAUGCAAACAACCAGGAAGACGUAGAAAGAAAAAUGCUCUUCCAUGUCUCGCAGAUGGUCUUGAGGAUCUGAAUUCUGAUGCUGAACAGUAUCACACUUACUCUGAAAGGAGCAACAUCCAACGGCCGAUGAGCAGGGAACAGUGGGAUGAUUUGGCCAGCAGCACCACUCCUUGUUCCCAAACCAGUGAUGAUGAAACCAAACCACUAAACUCAGGUUGCAUGGAUAGGCUGGCUUCCACAGAAAAACAGGAGUUCAUCCCCGCAGUGGUCAAUUUGGUGACAGCCAACAUUAGCAACCGAGAGGGGGGCAGGAAGGUGCUGGAGACAGUGGAGACAUAUUCAGCAUCUCCUAUUGAAGUUCCCAACUUGUUUAAUUUCUGGAGUGACCACCGCUCAUCUGCGUGCCCAGAGACCCUUCAACAUAUUUCAAUGGUGCAUAAUUCUCUGGACCCCCCACUUAGCCCUGAAGACCGGCCCGGAGAGAUUGAAUCCAGAUUGGAGCUACUGCAGGCUCAACUAGAAAGGCUGGAGACCAGAAUGUCUUCAGACAUCAACAUUAUACUGCAGUUGUUGCAGAGACAGCUAUCCCAGAUCCCCCCUGCAUAUAGCCCCAUCUCUCCCAGCUCCCACACAUUAGGUCUUUAUCACUCAGCAACCAAGAGCCUGGAUCCUGUACACAGCAGCCCAUCUCUUCCAGCAGACUCCCCCAUCUCUCCUCUCCAGAGUCCUGGACUGACUGACUACAAUGACUUAGAACCUCUUAACCUUAAGCCGAAUGAUCUGCAUCUGAGCACUAGCCCCCAGGAACCUGUUGGCCCGAUUCCUGGACCUGGACUUUCUCGGGCUCACAUUGUCCCACCUCCAGAACCCCACACCCAGGCAGUUCUAGGAAGCUUCCGGUUCCCUUCUCUCCCUGAGCAUCUGGAGUGCCCUUCUCCUCCAGACUUGGAAUUUCAUAGACACCUUUCAGACCCAGUUCUUCCUGGAAGUUAGGGAUGUGGAGAAAGCUGCAGAGGGAGAUUGCCUGUUCUCAAAAGUGGAGAAGGGGAGAAAGAUAUCUUAGUCCGAGUUCCCUCUCCCAUUUAUGCAUAGGAUAGAUUUCAUGUGGGCAUUUUUACCAGAAGCGGAGAAACGACGAGAAUGCACUUCCAAAGAAGGCAGAUCAGACCUCAAGGUGAUGAGAACUUUUUUUUUCCUGCAGAAAGGGUCCCUGCCCCUUCAAGACUUUAUACCAACAGAUAAUAUUAUGCCCUAGUAAGAUUCUACUCUAUGGAAAAGACUUACAAAGUGGCAGUCAACUGGAAAGACUCAACUUCUUUGUCAAAAGCCCAAGAAAGAGGGCAGUGUCAAUGCAGUGUUGAAGACAAGACACAAUAAAGCAAAUUUCUAGUUCUUCCAUCCCA